AUGGAACUUGUUUCUCAAAGUUUUCUUCUUAAUCCACAAACGUCACAAAGACGUGCAGCGCGUGAACUUGAUAUCUCACGUUCAAGAGUUAUUCAGUGGAUUAAACGUCGUUUACCAAUAAAUGUUGCGAUUUUUUCACAUGACAUUUCAACACAUACAUCAUCAAAUCUUCCAUAUGGAACAUCAAAAUCAAGUUCAAUUAAUAAAUUAUCUAAAACAGAUGAAAAAGUUUUACGUGUAGAAGAUUCUUUAAAAGAUUUAUCAUCAAUUAAACGGCGAAGUGAACAUAAUGGAAAACGUUUAUGGCCACAUGAUUUAGUUAAUUAUCCUCCAUAUAAACUUCAUGAAGGACUAAGUCCAGUUCGAUGA